AUGACGGUAUUAAUGAUGCUUUGUGGUGUCAGAGUGCUAGCAAUAGUACUAAUAUUGGAGUGUGUGAAUGGGACUGGAAUAUCUACUGAACUGUCUCGUGUGAUAGUGAAUGGAUCAGGAUCUGUUACAAGAGUGACAGUAACAAACUUAACUGAAGCUGGUAACUAUCAAUGUAUUGUAUCUAAUGCCAGAGUAACUAAUGAACCUUUAAGUGACGUUAGUGAUAAUAACCCUCUGACUGCAGUUACUAAUACUUCAUCAUUGAAUGUAUCAGUAUCUGAUACUCCAUCUGGUUUAACUGCUGCAAGAUUAAGUACUGGUUUAGUUCAAGUAAGACUCUCCUGGUCUACUGUAUCAGGAGCUACUGGUUAUGAAGUCUACUAUCAACUGUCUAGUAAUACUCCUGUUAGUCUAUCCAACACUAGUUUAACAGUAAUCAAUGUAUUAGCAUCAUUGCUUCGAGAGAGUACAUACACUUUCUAUGUAGUAUCUUAUGGAUCAGCUUCUCUACCUAGUGGUAAUGCUUCCGUCAUGUUAACAAUUAGUGAUCCGGUGGUUAAUGAUUUUAUGGCUACAGAAAUUACAAGUACUGGAAUUACAUUAGCAUGGAGUCCACCAACUGCUCCCCUACUGCACUAG